CUUAUAUGCGGAAGUCCCAGUUCCGCUCAGUCCACUUCUUCCAACCGGAGAACCGACGGAGUAAAGUCACGCUUGUCUCUCUCUCUCUCUCUCUCUCUCCCUCUCAACACAAACCCGGCUUCUCGAAGCGAGGUGCAUUAUGAGCAGCAAUUACAGCGUCUCCCUGGCUGGCCCUGCCCCCUGGGGCUUCAGGCUGCAAGGGGGAAAGGACUUCUGCAUGCCCCUCACCAUCUCACGGCUGACUGACGGUGGCAAAGCAGCCAAAGCCAAGAUGAGUGUCGGAGACAUUAUUUUGUCUAUUAACGGCAUUUCCACAGACAGCAUGAAUCACCUGGAGGCCCAGAACAAGAUUAAAGCCUGCACCGGCAAUCUCAGUCUCACCCUGCAGAGACCCCCCAAUGACGGAGUACCAAAGGACGAACCUCAGGAAAUCAUUAAGCCCGUCCCAAUCACUCACGCCACUCCGAGCACCGCCUACACCAAACCAGUAACCGAUCCCAAUCCGGCGUACAACAAGACGGCUCGGCCGUUUGCGGGUGACGGCGGCAGGGUCUCGGCUUCCUCCAGAGUCGCUUCUAUUCCCUCCGAGUCGUCUGCUUUUACACCGGCUGCUCCCUCUCAAUCGCCGCAGCCUCCGUUUCCACUCAAGUCCAGCCUGGCUGCCUCAGACUCGUCACCAGCCACUUCGGGUUUCAAACCCAGCCCCGGCCGCUCCGCCUUCACCUCCCCGUCCGCCUCCUCCUCCUCUUCUAACUCCUCCUCUCCGGCCAGAGUGACAGCUUCCUCCUCCCAUCCUAAUGUCCCGCAGCCCUCCGUCUAUAACACACCUAUCAACCUGUACUCCAAUGUCAAUGCUUGCGAGGUGGUUAUGGGGCAGAGGCGAGGUCUUUUGGAGAGCCAGGGGCUGACAGAGCUCAUCAAUGGGAAAACCGCGGUCGAGGCUGAUAAUGGUCCAUCCCCACUGAGCGACGCCAGCAAGAAGCGUCUGAUUGAGGACACGGAGGAUUGGCACCCACGAACCGGCAACUCGCAGUCCCGCUCCUUCCGCAUCCUGGCCCAGCUGACUGGCACCGAGAAUGAGCAAAGCCCAGAGAACAGUGGAAAGAAUGAGGCCGUUGACAAAACCACACCCUCUGUGCACACAUCGCCUGCAGCAAAAACGUUUUCCAAAUCUCCAGCUGCACCCAGGAACGGGAACGUUGUCGCCGGAUCCACAUUCAGGAGCCCUGCAGCCCAGAACAAAGCCUCCUUCCAGCCUGGAGGGCUACCAGGUCUCUCUAAGGUUGGAGCUCUUCCCUCAUUCGGGAAAGUUUCCACUCCUGCUCCCCGAGGUCCCGACCGGCCCACUCCUCAGCCUCAUCCACAGGACCUCAACUCUCUGGUGCAGCGAGCCGAGCACAUCCCGGCCGGGACCCGCACCCCCAUGUGCAACAAGUGCAACAACGUCAUCAGGGGUCCGUUCCUCGUGGCCAUGGGAAAGUCGUGGCACCCCGAGGAGUUCACCUGUGACCACUGCCACUCCUCGCUGGCGGAGAAUGGAUUUGUGGAAGAGCAGGGCCGCGUGUUCUGUGAGCGUUGCUACGAGCAGUUCUUUGCUCCCACCUGCGCUCGCUGCAACCAGAAGAUUCUCGGGGAAGUGAUGAACGCCCUGAAGCAGACCUGGCACGUGACUUGUUUCGUGUGUGUCGCCUGCCAAAAUCCAAUCACAGGCAACAGGUUCCACAUGGAAGAUGGACAGCCCUACUGUGAAAUGGAUUACUACAACAUGUUUGGCACCAACUGCCAUGGCUGCGACUUCCCAAUUGAGGCGGGGGACAAGUACCUGGAUGCUCUCGGAUACACCUGGCACGACACCUGCUUUGUGUGCACGGUCUGCUCCACUAACCUGGAAGGUCAGCCGUACUUCUCCAAAAAAGACAAGCCUUUGUGCAAGAAACAUGCGCACACUGUCAACAUCUGAGCUGAUCAUUGAAAUACAACACAGACAGGGCAACAGUCAGGCGUUAAGUGUUUGCUUGUUUUGUGUCUCCACAUUUGGUUAAUAGGUUCUACUGUAGGCUUCAUUUUUGUCUUUAGUUUUUGAGGGAAUGUUAUUCUCAUUUAAUGAUUUCACGUCACUGUUCCAAUGCACUGUUAAUCCUAUUUUCCACUUCAACGUCUGUGCAAGUGGGUUCAUAAACACACGUUUGUACUCGGAUUUUUUUUAUAUGUCAAAGCUUUUUUUGGGGCAUUUUUGUAUCGGAGAGUUUACUGCCGUGACCUACUGAAGCCCUCAGAAUUUGCAGAUUAGAAAAGUUAUGCUGACAUGGAAAGCAAGGCCUUGUAUUUUUAAAUCUAGGGUCUAUCUUGAGGAAGUAGGUUUAUUUAACUGUAAGGGGGAAAAAAAACGUAUUUAUUUGUACUCAGUCAACAUGCUCUGGCAACAAAAUGGGAAAUUUUAAUACUCUUGUCUUUUUUUUUUUUAAUUUUAUAAAGUUAUAUGCUAUUUAAUCACUCCCACUGUGUAAAUGCACCCGUGAGCAAACACUGUGCACGUUUUGGGUCAUUGUUCGACUAUUUUAAAUAGGCUUGAUAUUGACGAAGCAGUUGAUGAAGUGAUGUUCUGUUGUUUGUGUUUAUUUUGCGAUGUCUGUAUUUCAAGAGCUAACUGGGUGAUGAUGAUGCUUAAAUUUGACAGGAACAUUAAAGAGUAUGCAACCGGCUCCUGCCAUUAAAAGUAUUUUUUUUAGAUUUAGUGUUAAAACAUUCAAACCCGGAGGAGCUAAACUCUCUGUGCCCCAUCAAGAUGUCUUAAUGUUGUAUUUCCUUUUGAUUUUUCGUAUUUUUUUUGUUCAAUUAACAGGACAGAAUUAUAAUAUAUACUUCCAAAAGAUGA